GUUCUCGCUUUAAUACUACUGAAGUUUCUAACCCAGAAUAUCACAAGCCAAGAGGCCAUCCCCCAAAACGAUUGAAAUCGUAUAUUGAAGAAGAUAAAGAAAAUGCUAAGCAACAUUCUAAUCGUGAACAAAGAACGUGCAGCUACUGUCUUGGUAAAGGUCAUAAUAUUCGUGGAUGUGCUCAACAUAAGGCUGAUAUAGUCAACAAAGAAAAUCAUUGA